AUGGCUUCGCUGUAUCAGAGAUUCAACGGGAAGAUUAACACGGCCAAUUCCUUCCCGCACCCACCUGAGGCCAGUCACCUUCUCGGUGGUCAGCAUGCAGACGAGGAAAACGCAGCGAAGACCCCUCAGCAACUCGUCGAUGGAAGACCUCACGUCCAGUGCCGCAAAAAGAGCUCGAAGGAGGAUGAGCAUGACCUGGUGGGCAGCACUCCACCGCAGAGGAACUGGAAAGGAAUAGCCAUCGCCCUGCUGGUCAUCCUCAUCAUCUGUUCCCUGAUUGUCACCUCCGUCAUCCUGCUGACCCCUCGUGAAGAUGACAGCCUCGCCCUAAAGAAGAAAGUGACUAUAGAGGAUGUUUUUGGUCCAGACCUCCACAUCCAUGACCCAGAUGCCAAAUGGCUCAGCGACAAUGAGCUGCUGUAUCGUACGAGGGAAGGGGAUGUUGUCAAGCUUAAUGUUGACACAAAUGAAAGAACUGUUAUCGUUCUGAACCAGUUGUUUGACAGAUCCAGAGCCGCCAGGUACCAAGUGUCUCCAGACAUGCAACAUGUGUUGUUCGCCUUUGAAGUUAAACCGAUCUACCAACACUCCUAUGUGGCCAAGUACAUUAUUUACAGCCUUGUGACACAGGAGACUUGGCCUUUGAAGCCCCCUGAAGUGCAUGAAGCUGUCCUGCAGUUUGCUGGAUGGGGACCCCGAGGCGAGCAGCUGAUCUUCAUAUUUGAAAACAACAUCUACUACAGAUCAACAGUGGAUAACCGAGCGAUCCGCCUGGUUUCAACUGGUAAAGAGGGAGUCGUCUUUAACGGCCUUGCUGACUGGCUGUAUGAGGAGGAGAUCCUGCAGACACACAUAGCCCACUGGUGGUCUCCAGAUGGGCUGCGCCUGGCCUACAUGACCAUCAAUGACACCCUGGUGCCAAGUAUGGAAGUUCCCUUCUUCACAGGGAUGCCGUACCCGGCCUCCUUGGAGUAUCAUUACCCAAAGGCUGGGGAAGAAAACCCUGUAGUGCACCUGUCGGUGGUGAGCCUCAACGGUCCCCUGCACACAGUAGUGAUGAAGAAACCUGAUGACCCCCGAAUAGGGAGGGAAUAUUAUAUCACCAUGGUGAAAUGGGCCACCAGCACAAAACUGGCUGUCAACUGGCUGAACAGAGGCCAGAACAACUCUAUCUUGACUCUGUGUGAGGCUACAACUGGAGUCUGCAUUAAGAAACAUGAGGAUGAGAGUGAGAGCUGGUUGCACAGACAGAAUGAAGCACCACUCUUUUCCCAUGAUGGACACAAGUUCUUCUUCACCAGAGCAAUCCCUCAGGGCGGGAGAGGAAAGUUUUUCCACAUCUCCAUGUCCACCUCUUUGCCUAACACUAGCACAGACAUACUUCAGUCCUUGACCUCUGGAGACUGGGACGUCACCAGGAUCUUGGCCUACAAUCAUCAAAGGAACCUCAUAUACUUUCUGAGCACAGAGGACGACCCCAAGCGACGGCACUUGUACAGUGCUGACACAAUCCCUCCGUUCAACCGCUGCUGCCUGUCUUGUGAGUUCAAGUGCGGCUAUGUGGACGUUUCAUUUAGCCACAACAUGCGGUACUUCUUACUCAACUGUAAAGGUGAGUAUAUACCGAGUGUGGCUAUCUACAGCACCGAGGACAAACAGAAGGUGUUUGAAGUGGAGACAAAUGAAAGAGUGAACAACACUUACAACAAUCUGCAGAUGCCCAGAGUGGAGUAUGAGUCCAUCCCCAUAGACGACCACAUUCUGACAAUGCAGAUUUUGAAGCCAGCUGGAUUCGUAGAAACAGCCCAUUACCCUCUACUGCUGCUAGUGGACGGUACGCCCGGCGGGCAGAUGGUGUCGGAACAAUUCCGGGUGGACUGGGCCACGGUUCUGGUCAGCAGCUUCAGCACCAUCGUCAUCCGCUUCGAUGGCCACGGCAGUGGCUUCCAGGGCACCAACCUACUGCACAAAGUGAGGAAUAUACUGGGAAGACAAGAGGAGAAGGACCAGCUGGGGGCACUCAGUGUCCUAUCCAAAAAGCCUUAUAUUGAUCAGAGUCGAAUGGGAGUUUAUGGAAAGGCCUAUGGAGGAUAUUUAGCCACGAUGCUUCUGAGUUCUGCGGAGUUUAAGCUACUUAAAUGUGGAACAGCAGUCUCACCCAUCACAGAUUUUGAGCUAUAUGCAUCUGCAUUUUCAGAACGAUACCUUGGCUCAAAGACAGAUUCACGAGUAUAUAUGGUGGCAAAUUUAGCACACAGAGUUGGUCAGCUUCUACAGAAGCAGUACCUGAUCAUUCAUCCAACUGCUGACGAAAAAGUUCACUUCCAGCACACAGCCAAAUUCAUCAAUCAUUUAAUCAGCGAGAAGGCCAAUUACACUCUACAGAUCUACCCAGAUGAGGGACACUUCCUACAUGGUGAAGGGACACAGCAGCACCUCAGCCAAUCCCUGGUCAACUUCUUCGAAGUGUGUUUCCGGGAGCCGGAGAUACUGACGGAUGAGCAGGAAAAAGAGGACGAGGGCGACAGCUAAACACGCUCCUCUGAGCCGGCCCCGGCUAGCUACUGCAGCACAAUAUGCAACAGAUCUUUCCUUACCCAAAAGACCCACACCACGUGCUGUCCAAUCA